AACAAUAGUGAAGCCCAAAAGUUAAGCGAGCACUCACUAGUCAGUCACCUGUACGCAUCGAACGAAUAAAGAGCGAAUGCCUUUUCGUCUUCGUUGGAACUCUUUUCCUAUACCAGAGUCAUUUCUAAACCUAGCAUAGAAAUUCACCGUCUGCUUAUAGCUUCAGGAGAGAAUGAAUCGUGGUAGACCCAGAAAUUUCAGGGGCCGUCCCAAUCCCAGAGGACGAUCGUCACGUUCCGGUGGUGAUUCUACACAGCGUUACGUCCCUGUCAGAAGAGCUGAUGGUUCUCCUUCUGAUGCACCCCCUGGUUGUAAGGAUGCAUUAUCAUCUAUUGGAACACAAACUUCAGGGCAAAUGUCAAUAAGCAACAAUUCAAAGCAGUUUGAUUAUGCAUCCAUUCCAGAUUACCCAUGCCAGCAGGAUUAUCCUUUACCAGAAAUUGAACAGGAUAUGGGAAUGCUUGGACUGGUGCAAAACACACCGGAGAAAGUGAACUAUAGUUCAAGACAGAUGGAGGAUAUUUCUGCUUCUGAUUCUGCAUUUAAAAAGGAAUUUUCUUCUUUGUCUGCUCAAUCUGAUCCCAAGAACAAACACCUGAAUUUACAGAGAUCUCAAAAGGCUCAAACAUCAGAUGUGGGGGCAGGAAGCUGUAGUUCAUUAAGUUUUGAUUGCUCGCCUUCUGUUAAUUCUUACUGCACGCAGGAUGAGCUGUCUCCACUGGCUGAAUCUGGUGUUAAAGAUAGGCCUUCCAACAAGGGACCCCAAUGUGGGCAAACUUCUCAUGCGAAAACUGCUGGCCAUGGAAGUUCAGAAAGUUCUUCUGAAGAUUCUAAGGCUUUUCUCGACAAAGUUCUUUUUGAUAUCUGCCAGGUCAGAACAGGAAAUGUGGUCACGCUAAAGUCUUCUCUAUUUGUGAAGAACAGAGAAAAGCGAAAUGUAGUUAAGCGCUCCUUGGAAGGGGAAAAUAUAAUAGUAUUGAGGUCUGGAAUGGUUCUUCUAAAGAGUUACCUUUCCCACAGUGACCAGGUCAGGAUAGUCAAGAAGUGCAGCGAGCUUGGCCGGGGUCCUGGAGGUUUCUAUCAGCCUGGUUACCGAGAUGGAGCAAAGCUGCAAUUGAAGAUGAUGUGCCUUGGUAAGAUAUGGGACCCUGAGACAAGUAUGUAUGUAAAUGAACGACCAAUUGAUGGUGCUAAGCCUCCUGGCAUCCCUAACGAAUUUAAUCAGUUUGUGGAAGAAGCGAUCAAAGAUUCCCAUGCCAUUUUAGGAAAAAAGCUUAAACGGCAGAAAGUAGAAGACAUACUUCCCUCGAUGUCACCAAACAUCUGCAUUGUCAAUUUUUAUAGACAAAGUGGCCGGCUUGGUCUCCAUCAGGAUAAAGAUGAGAGCCCAGAAAGUCUCCAUAAAGGACUACCUGUAGUCUCGUUCUCCAUUGGCGACUCUGCAGAAUUCUUAUAUGGUGAUCAGAGGGAUAUAGAUAGUGCAGCGAAAGUUAUAUUGGAAUCAGGAGAUGUUCUGAUUUUUGGUGGGAAAUCUAGACACAUAUUUCAUGGGGUGAGUGCCAUUCUCCCAGAUACCGCUCCUAAGGUCCUUUUGGAAGAAACAAAGUUCAUCCCCGGCCGUCUGAAUCUGACUUUCAGAGAGUAUUAGCAUCAUUAUAGGUUUGCACUCAUACAUCUAUGUGGUAAUGCCGUAAUACACAAAAGGUUUCUAGUGAAUUAGAUAUAUGAUUAUAUGAUAGUUUUGAAAGUUGUCUCUUAGAGAUGAACAUGGAGAAAGUUUGAACCAUUGGUAUGUUUGUUAUGCUAUGUAGAUAAAUUCAUAGUUUGUAUGCUGUCCCCCAUUCCUGUUGAACGGAGCUCAUAUUGGUUGGGGUAGAUUGGAUAUUUCUUGCUUGUGAUUUUUUGAUAUAUUACGUUUCUGUUAGUGGUUUA